AUGGCAGUCCAUGCUUCAAGGAGGUGUCAGUCGAUGAACAUUGAGCUGGUGCCUCAAGCCGCCAGGCGCUUCGAUGCCGCGAGUAUUGGUGGGGCAACGGAGAAGCCUCUGCGGCUGGAUGAAGUAAUUUCGAAAUCGACGCCGUCGACGACGAGACAUCAAGCCCGGUGUCACACCGAUCCGGUCAAGGUGGGCGACAUGGUGCUGCUGCCGGACGGCCUCAUCCGCCUCACGUGCACGGUCGUGGGCCAGGGCGAGAUCACGUGCCAGAUCAAGAAGACAGAGGAGAUCGGCAGUCCCAGAGGCGUGAACCUGCUCGGUCUCGUAGUGGAACUACCGGCGCUGUUGGAGAAGGACAACCGCGACCUAGACUGGGGCGUGGAGCACGACAUCGACUUCGUCGCGGCGUCCUUCAUCCGCAAGGCCAGUGAACCCAAGUUCGUCGCGCCCAAGAACAUCUUCGAGGUGGAGAGCCUGGAGGGCGUGCAGAACUUCAAGAAGAUCCUCGAGGCCUCGCAAUCGGUCGAUGAUCAUACUUGUCCGUCCAUCUGA